AACCCAUUGGCCUCUCUCUCUCUCUCCAAGGAUCAUAAUAUCAUAUGCAUGAAACCAAUUCGACGUCCGAAUGAAUGCAUCUCAUGCUCAUGUCGGCUGAUGCUUAUGUAUGUAUAUAUGUUUCUCAUGACUUUAAACCCCCAUAUAGUAGUGCUUUUCGCAGCUUCACCUGCUCGCUUUCUCAACUUGGUGCUUUCAUGGACGUUGGAGUUCAAAGGCCAGGCUAAAUUUACAGCCUUCUCAAUUGUAAAUUAAACAUUAAUGCUUUCUUGGCAUCAAAGUACACGAACAUCGAUCAGAUAUUUGUGGAAAGGGCACACAUUCCAAAUUCGUGAUAUAUAUGAGCAGGAAGGACUGAACGAGAUCUUUUCAUAAGAAAGAAAACACACCUUCAUAAAAUGAAGUUUAUGAAACUUGGCAUAAGGCCAGAUACCUUUUACACCGAAGAAGCAACCAGGACCCUGAUCUCUGAUUUACGUGGCGAUAUUGUGAUUCAAAUUAAUGAUACCAGCUAUCUCCUCCAUAAGUUUCCACUGCUUCCAAAGUGUGGACUCUUACAACGGCUUUGCUCAGAGGCUGGCGAUUCCAACAACGUUACAGUUGAGCUUCAUGAUCUUCCUGGAGGGGAAGAGGCUUUUGAACUGUGUGCUAAGUUUUGCUAUGGGAUUACCAUUAAUGUCAGUGCUCGCAACUUUGUACCAGCAUUCUGUGCUGCUAAAUUUCUUAGAAUGAAUGAAUCUGUAGAGAAGGGGAACUUGGUUCUCAAACUUGAGGCUUUCUUCACUUCAUGCAUUUUGGAAGGUUGGAAGGACUCUAUUGUUACACUCCAAAGCACAUCCAAUUUACCUGAGUGGUCUGAGACCUAUGGAAUCACCAGAAAAUGCAUCGAUUCCAUCGUUGAGAAAGUCCUCACACCCCCAUCAAAGGUUGCAUGGUCCUACACUUACACUAGGCCCGGUUACACCAAGAAAAGCCGACAUUCUGUUCCGAGGGACUGGUGGACAGAGGAUAUCUCCGACCUUGACAUAGACAUGUUCCGCUGUAUCAUCACUGCCAUCAAAGCAACAUGUAUAAUGCCACCACAGCUUAUUGGUGAAGCCUUGCAUGUCUAUGCCUGUCGCUGGUUACCAGACACAACAAAGAAGAGUCCUCUAGAAGGUUUAGUGCCUCAAACUGAAGGACUCAAGGAGAAAAAUUGGCUAGUUCUUGGAACUAUAGUGAGCUUGAUUCCCGGAGACCGAGGAUCAGUUUCAGUUGGCUUUUUGCUAAGGCUUCUUAGCAUAGCAUAUUAUAUUGGAGCCUCACCAGUGACAAAAUCAGAGCUCAUAAGGAGAUGCAGUCUGCAAUUUGAGGAGGCAACAAUGAGUGACUUGCUCUUUCCCUUGCACUCAACCUCUGAGGGGCACUCUUAUGAUGUUGACUUAGUUGUGGCAGUGUUAGAAAGCUUAGUGGUGCUAUGGAGAAGACAGCCCCCUACAGCUGCAGAAAAUAGACAUUUUUUGGGCUCCAUCAGGAAGGUUGGGAAGCUCAUUGAUUCUUAUAUUCAAGUGGUUGUAAAGGAUGUCAACAUGCCGGUUUCAAAAAUAGUAUCACUUGCUGAAGCACUACCUGAUAUUGCGAGGCCAGAACACGAUGACCUUUACAAGGCAAUCAACAUUUAUCUAAAGGAGCACCCUGAUCUGAGUAAAGCAGACAGAAAGCGCCUCUGCCGAAGUCUAGACUGCCAAAAGCUAUCUCCAGAAGUACGUGCCCAUGCUGUCAAAAACGAACGGCUACCAUUAAGAACUGUGGUGCAAGUCCUCUUUUUUGAGCAAGAGAGGGGUUCCAAGGAAACCAAUCACAAGCUACUUCUCCCGGAGCUGAUUCGUAGAGGAACGCAGGUACUAACUACAGGAAACGAUGAGGGUAAGCUAAAAGGAGAUCCAGAUGAAAAACUUAGUCGAAGGGAGGGCCCUGGAAGAACCACCAUUGCCAGAACCAGUGAAAGGGAUCAACAAAAAAUGAAGAGAUCAGAUGGUAAGUUGCCACUAGCAUUGGAAAGAAAGUUGGCCAUUUCUGAAAUUGAGGAAGUGGAGUCAGUGAAGAAGAAGGAAAUAAGAGAAGAAGGAAUAUCCCGGAGAAAACUGGAGCCUAAGAAGAUUGUAUCAAAGGGAAGCAGAUCAGACCAUAGCCAGGACAAAGUCAGAGACAGAUAGUAAAUGAAAAUCAUCUUGUUUCUCCUUCAACUUUUACUGUAAUAGUGUAAUUGGCCUUUUGUUAUGUUACUAAAAAUGCUGUUCUUUUUAGAAGUGUAUAAGCCGUUUGCAUCAUUUGUGUUCAUAGAAAGUUAUUGUUAAGCUAUCUAUCAGAAGCUCCAUAUCACUGCUUCACUGCUAUCUAGAAGA